UGCUACGCUGUAGUAAGUAAUGAUAAAAUAUUUACAAAACAUUCCAUAAUCCAUUCAGAGUCGCUUCAUCCUGACAACAGACCCAGACCUCGAAUCCAUCAUCUGCGGUCUAACAUCCGUGUGUUUAUGUCCUUUAUGACCGGAAAUCCCGGUAGCGACGUAUCAGCUUCUUCUUCGCGAAGCCUUGGAGGACCUGAGCAUGCGAAUGACGCGACAAAGCACGAAAUUAUACACACAGUUUCACCACCGCAAGAUGAUUCCCCUUUGCACAGAGCCGGACUACUUCAACCUAGGAGCUACGUUUCCUUCAUGUCUAUUACACCCCACUCUCAAAACGACAUCCGCGCAAGCACCCUCGAGCUCUCCAAUAUGAUGUUCUCUCCUUCCAGGGGCUCACCCUCUCCUGUGAUGCCCCCCGUGAUGCAGAACCUGUCUCCGACCGCACACAUUGCACGUUCGCCUUCUCCCUCGACCCACGGUCGAAAGGAAGCCCAACGGCUACCUUUCCCGUCUGAGCUUACGGAAGAGAACACGCCUUCACGCGAAUCAUUCAUAUUUCCAUCUGGUCAUAACCUGCUCACGCACGUUGCACCAGGGUCUCUCCCAAAUAUUCCGUUAUCCACAUCGUUUGCGCCCUCCUCACAAUAUACAAAAGGGAGCUCACACUCCUCAGUUCAGGGCUCUGAUCUCUCAGCUUCAGCUUCCACUAUAGACUCCUCCCAAACUGCCCACCGCGAUCUGCUGUCUGGCAUGGCAACUCCUCGCAGGAGAGACAUGUCUUAUUCUACUGUUGCACCUCAGGCUUCAGCACUCUCGGUUUUGCUCUCCAGACAUGCUGAUGGGGCGACCUCGGGCUCGCCAAGUCCAACUCUGACGCACAAGACUGACAGGCCGCAAUACUUCAAUUCGUUCAAUUCAUUAGCAGACCCAGAGCAGGCUGUUUCCACGGUUAACCAUACUUCUGCAGAUCGCACCCUUCUGGCAACCACCAACGUUCGCCCUGAAGUUUUACGUUUUGUUUCUUCUCCGGCCACAGAAACUACCCCACUGCUUCCUCCUCCACAUGGUCUUUUACCUGGCAUUAAUGGUCAUGCCUCAGCGCCCUGGAAGCGCUCAAUGACCUCAAAACGUUUCUCAAGCAUCAUGCAUAGGUUUAUAGGCGAGACACAUAAUAUUGACCCCCAAGAACUCGUGCGUGCCGUGUUGAAAAGCUUGCCUGCUGUACUCUUGGGCACGUUACUCAACGUCCUUGAUGGAGUUUCAUAUGGAAUGAUAAUUUUUCCUGCAUUUGGUGUCUUUGCUGGAUUAGGUGGGAUGGGGGUGUCGAUGUUUUUUGUUUCCACAGUAGUUGCACAACUCGUGUAUUGCUUUGGAGGGAGCAGCUUUGCGGGUGCUAAUGGCAGUAUGAUGAUUGAGGUUGUGCCCUUCUUCCACAUUCUUGCGUCCACUAUAGCACAUGAUAUCGGAGACGAGUAUCCGAAAGAGAUCAUUGCCACGACAAUAACGGCGUUUGCCCUUUCGUCCGUACUCACUGGGCUGGCCUUUUUUCUCCUUGGCUAUUUGCGUUUGGGCGGACUCAUUGGGUUCUUUCCGCGGCAUAUUCUUGUUGGAUGUAUUGGAGGGGUUGGCGUUUUCCUGAUUCUUACAGGCCUCACAGUAAGCACGCGCCUCCCGUCCGAUGCACUCGAUCCGCCAACGCUGGAGACCCUCCGGUACUUCAUUCUCAAUACACACGCCCUUUCGCAAUGGGUUCCUCCCCUUGUCCUGGCAGUGCUUCUAAGGUUUAUCACAAUGCGAUGGAAACAUCAGCUUGUGUUCCCUAUCUAUUUCAUGAUCAUACCGAUUGUAUUUUAUAUAGUCGUUGCAGCUGCGCGGCUUGAUCUUGGUGCACUGAGGAGGGACGGCUGGCUUUUUGAUAUGGCUGAGGGAACUGGUGGGGGAGAGGACAGGUGGUAUGGAUUUUAUUCGUAUCUCGAUCUUGGAUUGAUUCAAUUUACGCCCCUAUGGACAACACUGCCGAUACAAUUUGCAUUGCUGUUUUUUAAUAUAUUGCACCCACCUUUGAACGUUCCUGCGUUAUCGGUGUCCCUUGAUGAAGACAUUGAUACUAACAAAGAGCUUUUGGGACAUGGGUAUUCGAAUUUACUUGCUGGGGUUUUAGGCACGGUGCCAAAUUAUCUUGUAUACGUGAACACCUUACUAUUUUACCGAGUGGGCGGCGGGACCCGUAUUGCCGGCUUCUUGCUUGCGGUCGCUACGUUUAUCCUACUAAUUAUAGGUACAGGACCCAUAGCGUAUAUUCCCAUCAUGGUUGUCAGCGCCCUAAUCUUUGUGCUCGGCAUCGACCUCGUCAAGGAGGCAUUGUGGGAUACACGACACCGUGUUAGCAGGAUGGAGUAUAUCACGAUAGUCAGCAUCAUGGUUACGAUGACGGCUUGGGACUUUGUCAUUGGUGUUUUGUUUGGCAUUGUCGUCAGCUGUUUCUUCUUCGUGGUACAGAAUUCGCAGAGAAGGAGCAUACGCGCAUGCUAUGCUGGAGAGUCGGCAAUUUCCACAGUAAGACGGCCUGCUGCACAUAGGGCGUACAUUCGAGAGGUGUCAAAGCAGACAAGGGUGCUUCGUCUUCAAGGAUUCCUUUUCUUUGGUACUAUCGCCUAUGUCGAAGAGACUUUGAAAAACAUUGUUGAGGACGCUACCUGGGAACAAAAUCCCGUCCGCUUCGUCGUCGUCGACUUGUCCCUUGUAGUAGGAGUGGACAUGUCUGCCGCAGAAGCUUUUGUGCGUGUGCAGCGCUUACUCGAUGCAAAGGGCGUGGUGUUGGUGUUUUGUGGCGUUACUGCCGACAGUCCCUGCGGUAAGGCGCUGAGCUGUGUCGGAAUCCUCCAAGAGCCAUCAGUCGAGGUCUUUGAGACGUUGAAUGAUGCGAUGGAAUGGACCGAAAAUGCGUAUCUGCGGGCAUGGUUCAGAGCUCAGAAGUCAUGGACAACUCCAAUAACGCUUCCUGGUCGCCGAGAUACCAGCCUUUCCUUUGACGAUGGUUUGACGGGAUCUCCGAGGCAAAUGCAACUUCGUGAUGUUGGAGAGCGCACGAUUGCUGGCGAAUUUCUCGAUAAGGAUUCGGAGAAUUCUUCUGAGCCAUAUAACACCCUUCUCAAUGCGUUCUCGUCGUAUCACGACGUAGACCAGAACACGUUCAAAGAGAUCGCUCCGUACUUUGAACGAUUCACAUUCCCAGACGGUUUUGUCCUAUGGGAGAAUAAUGAUAUCCCCGAUGGCCUGUAUAUCAUCGAGUCAGGCAUCUUGCGGGCAUCAUACAAGUUUGCAGAGCACAGCCCCGUCAUUGAGGAGUCAAUGGUGUCGGGUACUCUUGCGGGCGAGCUUUCUGCUUUGUCGGGCAUGCCGCGGAAUGCACGCGUAGUUGUAGAAAAGCAGGCGGUAUUGUGGAAGCUCUCUCUCGAAAACAUGCGUCGAUUGGAGGCAGAGUGUCCUCAUCUUGCACAGAUUUUCGUGCAACUUGUACUCAAAUCUGCAAAAGUCGACACCGACAUCCUUCUUGCUGCCUUAGCAACAAGAUAAAACUGUAUAUAUACCGGAAGUAAAACGUACAUAUAUUACAACUCACAGAUAUGCAGAGCAAAUACACGAAUGCAAAUAUGACCAAAAGUGUUAUCGAAGAAG